AUGAAGGCUUCCGUCAUUGCGUGCUUGGUCGCCGCGGCCUCUGCUUUUCCCGCGGGCAACAUCAUGAAGCGUCAGGCUAACCCCGAGGCCGCCGCUGGCUUGACCGAUCUCGAUAUCCUCAACUUCGCGCUUACGCUCGAGUGGCUCGAGGCUACUUUCUACCAGCAGGGUAUUGCGCAACUAGGCCCCGAAGCAUUCCGCGCUAUUGGCCUCAACGACCAGCAGAUCCAAGCCCUCGUCGAGGUUGGCCAGACCGAGUUCUCUCACGCCUCCUUCCUCCAGGGCGCCAUUGCCCAGGCUGGUGCCUCUCCCGUCCAGCCCUGCCAGUACAACUUCCCCUUCACCGAUGCUGCCGGCAUGAUCCAGCUCGCCGCCAUCCUCGAGAACGUCGGUGUCGGUGCCUACCUCGGUGCUGCUCAACUCGUCGCUGACGCCGGUAUCCUCACCGCUGCCGGAUCCAUCCUCACUGUCGAGGCCCGCCACCAGACCCUCACCAGGACGAUCCAGUCCCAGAUCCCCGUUCCCCAGGCUUUCGACGCUCCCCUCACUCCCCGCAUGGCUGCCUCGCUCGCGAUUCCCUUCAUCGCCUCGUGUCCCGAGGGCUCCAACCUCGCCAUCCAGCCCUUCCCCACGCUCACCCAGGUUCAGCCCGCCGCCGGUGCUCCCGUCACCAUCAACUCUCAGAUGGUCUUCCAGGCCGACACCCUCGCCCAGUCCACGCACUGCGCUUUCCUCUCUGGCGGUCUCCAGCCCAACGGUGUUGCCUUUGCCGAGCUCGACGCCGCCGGUGCCUGUAUCGUUCCCCAGAACCUCGGUGGCAUCACUUACGUCGCCCUCGUCAACAACGCACCCCUCGACGGUACCGUUGCCGAGGAGAGCAUCAUGGCCGGUCCUGUCGCCAUUGUCGUCUCUUAA